AUGUGCGCGCGCUCGGAGGCGGUCGAGCUGGAGGUGUUGGGCGCGGAGGGCGGCGAACCCCGCCUGCCACCGCGCCCCUUGCGAUUCUCCCUCCUCGAGCUCUUCGGCAAGCUGGUGCGACGAGACCAGCCCGCGCCGCGCCGCCGCACCAAGCACAAUCAUAGGUUCCGCACUUUCGUCUCCUGUGAAAAUGAAAGAAGAAUCAAAGCAAAUAAUCGAGAGUACAAUGCGCAGUUCCGCUAUGCCAACAACUACAUCAAAACUUCAAAGUACUCCAUAGUAACGUUCCUGCCGUUGAACCUGCUGGAGCAGUUCCAGCGGCUCGCUAACUUUUAUUUCCUCUGUCUGCUGGUGCUGCAGUUGAUACCGGCCAUCUCCUCGCUGACACCCAUAACUACUGCCAUACCACUUAUUGGUGUACUGGCGCUGACUGCUGUCAAAGACGCUUACGACGACUUUCAAAGACAUCAAAACGAUUCUCAAGUGAAUCACCGGCGGGCGAAGACACUGCGCAAUGGCAAACUGGUGGAGGAAAAGUGGGCGUCUGUUCAAGUGGGAGACGUCAUCAGGCUGGAGAACGACCAGUUCGUUGCUGCGGAUAUCCUGCUCCUCAGCAGCUCGGAGCCCAACGGCCUCUGCUUUAUCGAGACCGCUGAGCUGGAUGGGGAGACGAAUUUGAAAUGUCGUCAGUGCCUUUUGGAGACGGCUGCCAUGGGGCAGGAUGACGCACAACUGGGUGCCUUCGAUGGCGAAAUUGUCUGCGAGACGCCCAACAAUUUACUUAAUAAGUUUGAAGGCACAUUAAGUUGGCGCGAUCAACAUUUCUCGUUGGACAACGACAAAAUACUGUUGCGUGGCUGCGUGUUGCGUAACACGUCGUGGUGCUACGGUGUUGUUGUUUUCGCUGGUAAAGAUACUAAGCUGAUGCAGAACUCUGGGAAGACCAAAUUUAAACGCACCAGCAUAGAUAGGCUACUUAAUUUUCUUAUUAUAGGGAUAGUUUUGUUCCUGUUGUCAAUGUGCGUUUUCUGCACGGUGGCAUGUGGGAUUUGGGAGUGGUUGGUGGGACGCUACUUCCAGGCGUACCUCCCGUGGGAUACGCUCGUACCAGCCGAGCCAGCCUCCGGCGCAGCCGUUAUAGCGAUAUUAGUUUUCUUCUCGUAUGCCAUUGUAAUGAAUACCGUGGUGCCCAUAUCGCUUUAUGUCUCUGUUGAGGUGAUAAGAUUUGCGCAAAGUUUUCUAAUUAAUUGGGAUGAGAAGAUGUAUUAUGAAAAGACUGGGACUGCGGCGAAGGCGCGGACCACUACAUUAAAUGAAGAACUGGGUCAAAUCCAAUACAUAUUUUCGGAUAAGACGGGUACGCUGACACAGAACAUAAUGACGUUCAAUAAAUGUUCCAUAGCGGGUAUUUGUUACGGCGACAUUGUGGAUGAGACCACGGGUGAAACCAUCGAACUGACCGAUAGCACAGAACCCUUAGACUUCUCGGACAAUCCGGAGUACGAGCCGGAGUUCAAAUUCUUCGACUCGAAACUAUUGAAAGCCGUAAAGCAGGGCGAUAGCAAUGUUUAUGAUUUUUUUCGUCUCCUUGCGUUAUGUCACACCGUAAUGCCGGAACAAAAGAAUGGACGUCUCGAAUACCAAGCGCAGUCACCGGACGAAUCCGCAUUGGUUUCAGCUGCGAGGAACUUCGGCUUUGUGUUCAGAGAACGAUCGCCUAAUACUAUUACUAUAGAAGUUAUGGGUAAAACAGAGGUGUACGAGUUGUUGUGUAUAUUAGAUUUUAAUAAUGUAAGGAAGAGAAUGUCAGUGAUAUUGAAAAAAGAUGGUGAAAUUAGGUUAUAUACUAAAGGUGCUGAUAAUGUAAUCUAUGAGAGGUUAAAACAUAAUUGCCUGGAAGAAGUCAAGGCUAAAACACAAGAGCAUUUAAAUAAAUUUGCGGGCGAAGGUCUCCGUACACUCGCACUCGCGUGGCGGCCUCUCGAAGAGCGGGGCUUCGCGGAGUGGAAGAGACGGCAUCAGGCCGCCGCCUUGGCCUUGAGGGACCGGGAUGAACGCCUUGACGCCAUUUAUGAGGAGAUCGAGACUGAUUUGAUGCUUAUGGGCGUCACAGCUAUAGAAGACAAAUUACAAGAUGGCGUGCCAGAGACAAUAGCAAACUUGAGCAUGGCUGGAAUGAAAUUAUGGGUGUUAACGGGUGACAAACAAGAAACAGCAAUAAACAUCGGCUAUUCGUGUCAGUUAUUGACAGAUGACAUGGCAGAAGUGUUUGUGAUUGACGGAUCUUCGCACGAUGACGUUGAUCGACAAUUGGCCAAAUGCAGGGAUUCGAUACGAGUCGUCAACACGUUUUUGCCGCAUGGCAGCACAGACCCAAAGAACGAAACCCUGAACGGUGGUGGCAGCGUGGCCCGUCCGUCCCCUGGUCGUGCGGCCAACGUGAAGCUGAAUGCGCCAGCCGUCUCCGUCGUCACAUUUAGGUGGGAAACUAACUCUCUAGCACACAGCAACGAGUACGCGUCCGGAGGCGGUCCGUACAGUGCGGAUACGCACGAGCACAAUAAUGAUGACUCAAAUGGAUUCGCGAUCGUUAUCAACGGACAUUCCCUCGUACACUGUUUACAUCCCAAGUUGGAAGAGAAGUUUCUGGACGUAGUCCUUCAAUGUCGGUCGGUGAUCUGUUGCCGAGUGACGCCUCUGCAGAAGGCAAUGGUCGUGGAACUUAUCAAGAAGAGCAGAAAAGCUGUCACGUUGGCCAUAGGUGACGGCGCAAAUGAUGUCUCCAUGAUCAAGGGGUAUGUAUACCUUACAAUGACGGCCCACAUAGGCGUAGGCAUAUCGGGGCAGGAAGGAAUGCAAGCAGUGCUAGCGUCAGACUACUCCAUAGCGCAGUUCCGUUUCCUCCAACGGCUGUUGUUGGUCCACGGAAGAUGGUCUUAUUACAGAAUGUGCAAGUUUCUACGGUAUUUCUUCUACAAAAACUUCGCGUUUACCGUCUGCCAUUUUUGGUUCGCGUUCUUUUGUGGAUUCAGUGCACAGACGGUGUUCGACGAAAUGUUCAUAUCGGUAUACAAUUUGUUCUACACGUCACUUCCGGUGUUAGCGUUGGGCGUGUUCGAGCAGGACGUGUCUGACGUGACCUCUCUUCAAUUCCCGAAGCUGUACGCUCCGGGUCACACGAGCGAACUGUUCAACAAGACCGAGUUUAUCAAAUCCACUUUGCAUGGCUGCUUCACGUCGCUAGUGUUGUUUCUUAUACCGUAUGGUACUUACAAAGACGGAUUGGCUCCAGAUGGCAAAAUACUCUCAGAUCAUAUGCUCUUGGGAAGUGUCGUAGCCACCAUAUUAAUUAUUGACAAUACUACACAAAUAGCUUUAGACACGACGUAUUGGACGAUGUUCAACCACGUGACGAUUUGGGGGUCACUGGUGUCCUAUUUUGUCCUCGACUACUUUUACAACUACGUGAUAAGAGGGCCUUACGUAGGGUCUCUCACGGUGGCUCUCACUCAGGCCACUUUCUGGUUCACGGCUGUACUUACUAUGAUGAUCCUGAUGGUGCCGGUGGUGUCGUGGCGCCUGGCGUGGUCCCGCCGCCGGCCCACUCUGGCCGAGCGCCUCCGAGCCAGGACCCGCUGGCGCCGCUCGGCCGCCGCCCCCGCGCCCCGCACUCCCUCCGCCCGCCGCGCUCGCCGCUCCGUCCGCUCGGGCUACGCCUUCGCCCACCAGGAGGGCUUCGGCCGGCUCAUCACCUCCGGCAAGAUAAUGCGCCGCAUCCCCCACGCCGACGCGGCCCUCUCGGCGCUGGCCUCUCUCCCGGGCAAGUUCCACGCCCGGCCUCCGAGUCCGGCCCCCUCGCCCUCCUCGCCCGACUCGCCCCCGACGCCACCCUCACCCCGUGCGCCCAAGCAGGACCUGGACUCGGUGGACUUAUGA